AUGGUAUCCGAGUUUUUCGAUGGUAAAAUACCAAAUAGAUCCAUCAGUCCUGAUGAGGCCAUUGCAUAUGGUGCUGCCAUUCAAGCUGCUAUUUUAUCUGGUAAUACUUCAGAAAAAACUCAAGAUUUACUUUUGCUCGAUGUCAAUGCUUUAUCUCUUGGUAUCGAAGCUUCCGGUGGUGUCUUGAUGCCGGUUAUAAUGCGUAAUACAACUGUACCUAAUAAGAAAUCAGAAAUUAUAUCCACAAAUUCUGAUAAUCAACCAGGAGUAAUUAUUCAUAUUUAUGAAGGUGAACAUGCCCGUAUUAAAGACAGCAACUUUCUUGGUAAAUUCGAAUUAACUGGAAUUACGCCAGCAAAAGGUGUUCCACAAAUCGAAGUCUCCGCUGUUGAUAUAACGACUGGAAGAUCGAACAAAAUAACCAUCACGAAUGACAAAGGUCGAUUGUCAAGGAAUGCAGUCGCACGUAUGGUUGCUGAAGCCAAGCUUUAUCUCGAAGAGGAUGAGAAAGUUACCCAAACAAUUCGGGCACGAAAUAGUUUAGAAAGUUAUGUGUUUGAGAUAUUUAACACACUUUAUGACCAGAAACUUGCUAUGAAUCAACUUGAAGAUCAAAUCGAAAAGUCGAUUACAUUGCUUGAAAAUAACAAACAUUUAGGAAAGGAGGAAUAUGAUAAUAUAAAGAGGUCACUUGAACAAAGUGUCGACCAAAUAAUAACUCGGUGGAGUUGA